GAGGGGAAGGAGGAGGGGAAAAAAGGGACUGAGGGAGCGCCUCCUCCUUCUCGGGCACGCGGAGAAAGGCGCUCGGGACGGCUGAGCGGAGGAGCGCCAGGCGGCCGAGGCGAGCCGGGCCGGGCCUCCGAGCGCCAGCCCGCUCGCGCCGGGGGCCAAGAUGGUAUCGUGGAUCAUCUCCCGAGCUGUGGUGUUGAUUUUCGGAAUAUUGUAUCCUGCUUAUUAUUCAUACAAAGCUGUGAAAACAAAAAACGUCAAGGAAUACGUCCGGUGGAUGAUGUACUGGAUUGUUUUUGCCCUUUACACUGUGAUUGAAACGUUGGCAGAUCUAACCGUUGCUUGGUUUCCCUUGUACUAUGAGAUGAAGAUUGCCUUUGUCAUUUGGCUGCUCUCCCCAUACACCCGAGGGGCAAGUUUAAUUUAUAGGAAGUUCCUUCACCCACUGCUUUCUUCAAAGGAAAGGGAGAUCGAUGAUUAUAUUGUCCAAGCCAAAGAACGAGGCUACGAGACCAUGGUGAACUUCGGUCGCCAGGGUUUAAACUUAGCAGCCACCGCCGCUGUGACCGCUGCUGUAAAGAGUCAAGGAGCAAUUACUGAACGUUUGAGAAGCUUCAGCAUGCAUGAUUUAACAGCCAUUCAAGGAGAUGAGCCUGUGGGACAGAGGUCCUAUCAGCCUGCCCCUGAAACAAAAAAGAAAACAAAAACAGCUCCCGGUGAAUCCACAGGUUAUGGAAUUCCCUUGAAAGAUGGAGACGAGAAAACCGACGAAGAUGGUGAUGGGCCGUAUUCAGACGAUGAAAUGUUAACCCGCAGAGGCCUUCGAAGAUCCCAAAGCAUGAAGUCUGUGAAGACCGUCAAAAGUCGCAAAGAGGUACGAUACGGUUCGCUGAAGUACAAAGUGAAGAAGAGACCACAGGUGUAUUUUUAGUGACCAAACCUCUCAAAGUAACCUGCUGUAAUGCAAUGACUUGGUUUCAGUUCAUCAUGUGUUUGUCCAUUGAAGAUAAUUCCUCAAGGAGCAGUGAUGACAGUGUGGAUAGAGAUAGCCUUUAUCUGUUAAGUAUAUGGAUAGGUUUUAUUUCUCUAAUUGUUACUUAAUGUUCUCAACUGUUAAAAACUAUUUAUAUAAAAUGUACUUCUUUCAAGUCUGAAGAUAAAUUGCAGAUGAUAGAAAAUGUUGCUCCUUUUUAAAGUUAGUGAACACUAAUGUGGCCUUUGCUGUACAAGGCAGCAGCGCAGACGAAAAACCUUCUUUAGUGUACUUGAACAUUUUUCUAGUUGAGGAAACUUUACCGAGUCUGUAUGGUUACUGUCAUUUGCUUACCUCCAUUUAUGCUGUGUAAAUUACAUGGUGAGUCAUGAAAGAGACCAGUUUAUUCUAAAUGUGUGCGUUGGUACAGCAAACACAGAAGGAGAGAGAACACGUUACACUUUGUAUGUCCUUGGAUGUUUUACUUCUGUAAGGUUUCCGGGUCUCCUAAUCCUCACCAAGUUUUAAAACUCUAAUUUGAAAACCAGGCGUCUACAUCCAGCACUUUUGUACCCAGACAGCUUUGCACACUUGAAAUUGUUUACUUAUUGACAGCUGUAUAUUUUUUUCUUUUAUUGAAACUAUUUUUACCACUCUUUGUCUCAUUUUUCUGCGUUAUAUAUAUGCUUUGUUCUCUUUAAUUUCUCUUCGUGUGGGUUUAACUCUUUAAGUGUAUUUUGGAAACAUGAAACAUAACUGACUUUUUCAUGAAAUGUUCAUUUCAGGUUUUAAAAUUCCUUUACCUUCUCAUGAAUGAGAAGUAAUAUGUGACAUUUGCAUUUGUGGUUCUGUUUUGCAAUUAAAUAUAAUAUGUUCCUAUUAAUAAUACUUAUUAAGCUUUUUAGUUAAAAAAUACUAGUUUAAAUAUAGUAUAGUAAGCGAUCCAACACUGCACCCCAGUUUCAUGAAAUGGCUCAAAGCUUGAAGCAUAAAUUAUUGGUUUUAUGUGAAUCUUAGUGAUCGGUUUCUGCCUCUGUCAUUCCCCAGCUCCAUUUCAUCAAAUCACUUCUCUUCUGGCUAAGAUAUCUCCCCCGAGGAUGAGGACAUUCCCAGUGUGAGAUUCAAGGAUUGUUAUCUUUCUUUCAUCUGAAAAACCGUUUCUGUCUGAGGAAAAUGUAUCCUAAUGAGUCUUCUUUUAGCAAAAGGUUUGGGGCCUUAAAUUAUUGAGGCUUGAAUAAUGGACUCUUAGUAUUAUGUAACUGGAUUGCUUCCUUCACAUUAAAAACCAAAGUCUUUCUAUUGUGAGGCUGUGUAUUUUUUUUUUAAAGCCCAAGUCUUUUCACUAUGAAACAGUGUGGUUUUUUUUUUAAAUUGGAUCUUCACCUCAAAGGAUUGGUAACCAUUUAGUGAUCAGGAAAUUGAAAUUUUAGAAUAUCUCACACAUGAAUUGCUGAUGGAAUCAUAUUUGUUCAGAAGUUUUAUUCUGAUAUCCUAUUAGUUCUCCCCGACUCUUGCACCUCUCUCCCCUCCCCCUUCUCCCCCCAAAAAGACUGGCAGUGAAAGCCCUUGGCCCUUUUGUCCUCUGCACCUCUUCUGGAAUGGGGGUGUUCCACUGCUGGGAAGAGAAAGGUUUGCUUGGAAAUUGCAUCCUUAUUGAUGCAUGGUACACUUCCUGCCGAUGCCCUUUCUACUCCUGCUAAUUAACAGAAGGCAACAAUUAGUAACUCUUUUUUUCCCCAGAAUUAGCUCAUACAUAAUUAUCUUCUCCUUGAUUAUUUGUUUAAGAGAAUUCACCACUUUCUCGCCUGAAUCCCUGGGAUUUAUGAUCACCAGCUCUUCAGGGAGAAAGCUUUGUUUACAUGUUUGUAGUGCUGGGCCUGUUUGUGCUAGUUUGAUAAAAUCAUGGCGUUCUCGUGUGCAGAAAACUGUAACAGUCAUCUCCCGUGAAUUCCAUGAAACCUAGAAGAUUGUGCGGAUUAGCUUUGUGUAGGCCUUGUUGUGACUAAACCCACACUAUAGGGGCUGUAGCAUAGCCCUUUAUAUUACUGAUCUUCCAUCACAGGAUAAAAUCUUGUUUAGCAGGAAAAAGGCAGAGAUGCUUUCUAACUUGGAGGGGACGUCAUCCUCUCAGUAACCAGAAUUUUUUUCUAGAAUCAUAGUUCAAAGUGAAGGUUAGAAAUAGAAGCUUUUUAGAAUUAUAAAGAAAUUUAAAAGUUCCCCCUUCCUCCCAAAUGAUUUCUGGUCCCCGUUUUCAGAAGAUAGAGAUAGUGUCACAGUUUGCUCUGUGGCCUUCUGAUUCUUUCCACUUCCUCUCCCCCUUUUCCUCUAUUACUUGCUUUUGGAAUAUUCUUCUUAAUACUUCUUUUUCCAUCAAUUUCUUUUCCCCACAAAUUUUACUUUUGUUUUACAGUCCAGUCUUCUACAAGAUUCUAAUUUUUUUUAAGCAUAUCCCUGUUGUCUCCUUUUCCUUCAUUACCAGAAAAUACCCUUUUGUUCAUUGUACUGUCCUCUUAAAUCUUAAGGGAGAUGAUGAUUGCUUUUUGAGUCAGGGCACCUUGUCUCUGAGUGGCACUGCCAGGAAGCCACCUCUGUCAGCCUGUGCCAGAGGUGCCUUGUAGCCAGUCAGCAGGUGCUCUGGCCUAUUUGUAGCACUUCUUCUGUAACCAGAAAAAUUUAGCUGUUCAUAUCUUGUUAUGUUAUAAAAUUAGUUUGUCAUUAAUAAAAAUUAGAAAUUUUCAGAUUUUAUUUACCAUAGCAAGAAUUUAUCACUUACCCUUGCACCCUGUAGUAUUUUUCUUUUAAAGUGAGCCAGAAAUGUAUAAUAUUCACAAAAAUGUGUUUGUGUGUAUACACAUGUACAAACAUGUUCAGUACAGUCAGACCCUCCCUAGUGGGCUUAGUGGCCUUUCAUAUGUACCAUAAACAAUAGAUUUUGGUUAGAGAAUGAUAUAGCCAUCAUUACCAGCCAUGAUUACUUGACCAUAUUUUAUUGGUUAUGUGUAACAAAUUUUUAAGCAUUUUCAGGGAACUUAAUCCAUAUGUCACCACCAAAGAUUUCUACAGUGUUAUGAAUUAUGUAACAGAAAUAGCUGAAAAACAUGAAUUAACUGAAAUGUGCUGUCCUUUUUUUUUUUCUUGACUAAAGCAAUUUGCUCCUCAAAAGUGUUUGAACUUUGUUUUGUUAAACAUUCACCUCCAUCAAAACCUCACUUAGCAGGUCCCCUGCCUAUUUUAAUUAGAAUGUCUUCUUCCAAAUUCUAAUUCUGAUCAUCUUUAUCAAGAGAAUUUUAAGGAAAAAGCACAUAUUGAAAGCAAAACAACCAGUGUCUCUCUAUACACUGAGUAAUUCAUUUAUAAAACAAAGAUGCAGUUGUUGGGAAUUAAGCUACUUUGUAGCACGUAUGGCAUAUUUUAAAAUAAACACAUUGUCAUUAUUUGAAACUAAGGCUUUCUCUUUUUUUAACAUUUAAAACUUUUGAAGUUGAAGUAUUUUCAAGAUUUAACUCCUAUACUAAGUGCCCCCGGAUUUAAUGUAAGAGUUUUUAAAUUUUUAAGGUUUAACAUUUUCUAUUCUGAUACUUUUAAGAAACUGUUUAAUAGCUUGAAGGAAAAUCUUAUUGCAUAUUGUGUCAACUUUUUGUAAAUUGUGUAUUUGAACACAGUGUUGUGGGUAUUUUUCUUACUCUGUGUGACUUUUGAAAAAUUUAAUAAACUUUAGAUUUAUUAGUGACAA